AUGAAGGCAUUAUUAUAUGAGAAACUAAAGGCACGUGCCGCGUCAAACGUGACAGCUGUGGCUGAAGCGUUGCCACGUCGUUCUUUCCUUCCUACCACCACCAUCACCAUCCACCACCACCGUUUCAAACCACGACCGCCCGCGACAUCGACAACGACGACGACGACGCUGACGCUGACGACGCGUGACGAGGGCCCAGCCCAGGUGCCACGUCGCGACGUGGCAACCAGACGGCGAACGACGACAUCGGUCGUCGUUCGCCGUCUCUGCUCGGCCACGAGGACUCACCACCACGAACAGCCCACCAACACACCCCACCAACGUCAACGAGCGCCCACCCCCACGAGCGCCCACCGACGAAAACGAGCGCCCACCAACGUCAACGACCUCACACCAACGACGACCAGCGCCCACGAAAACGACCGCCCACGGACGUCCAGCGACUGCAAACGACGUCCCCGCCCACGAAAACGAUGUCCACCGCCCAUGAACGACGCCCACCGCCAACGAUGUCAACCGCCCAUGAACAACGGCCACCACCCACGACGUCCCCCGCCCACGGCCCACCAACGACGUCCCCCGCCCACGAAGACGACGUCCGCCGCCCACCGCCCACGAAACAACGUCCGCCGCCUACCGAAAACAUCCGCCACCCACCGAAAACGUCCACCGCCCACGAAACAACGUCCCCCGCCCACCGAAAAUGUCCGCCGCCCAUCCACGAACACAGUGACGAGCCCAGUCUGUUUCAAUACACCUUAG